GCGUUCCUCAACAUUUCAAAAUGCAUUGGCUUGAAUUUGUAUGCUUAACUUGAGGUCUCUCUGAAACGUAUAAAUUAGCCUUUGGCUGAGAAUUCCACUGUAAUUUGCAGAAUACAACAACUUGCACGACACAGAACUGUGAAGCAAGAUGAAGCAUCCCCAGCCCCUUUGCCUUUAAAAUGCCAUGGAAGCACAGAGGCUCUCGGCAGAACACCUUAUCUGCUCUCGAAAGCUGUGACUCUUCAUCCUUUCCUUAUGAAGACCCAGGGGAUUGCUUACUUAGCAUACACCAGAGGCAAUGGGUAGGGUGAGCAGCCACUGCAGCCAGAAACCCCCAGUACCGAGCACAGGCAAUUCCCCUCCACAUGCAGAGACUUUGGAGCUGAAUUGUGCUGAAUAGAGAACCCUCCGGCUGAGCGAGCCAUGUGUGCCCGGGAGGAGCAGCCCCUUUUGCUCCGCUGAAAAGCAAUGCACCAGCAGAAAAGUUUCCCAGGAAGAAAAACUGAGAGAUUUUCUGCCAUCUGCAUCAGCAAACCACCAGAAAAUGGUGUUUUCUGGAUUAUAUUCUGCCUUAUGCCUGUAAUGAGCAUGGAACAAACUCUUCUGUGAUACCUGCCUGGGUUUCAAAUGCCUGGACGUGCUGCAUGUGUGGUAGGUGAAACUUAACAGCCUGCACGUUGCAAAUACAAAGGAUCAGUCUCACCCUUUAUCUGCACUGCAGUUACCAUUGCUGUCAGAGCAACUUGGCCCCAUAUAUUUGAAAUUAAAGAGUGGAUGUAAACCUGCUGCCCUCAAAACCAAUUCUGUGUGCUCCAGUGACUUCACUGGGCAGUUUGGCAGCAGAGGACCACAUUGAACUCUGAGUUAAAAUUCACAGGAGUUAUAGUUUAACGCUGAAAGGGACAGACUGGCUGUGUAAGGGAACCACAGGAGCAACCAACCUAGGUGGAGGUUUUUUAUGAACUCUGAUUUCAUGAUUUAAACUUAUUUGGUUUCCUGAGAUGGUCUAGAGCUCAUAGGCAGUCUAUUACUCUGUUUUGGCUGACAAGAGGUAACUUCUAAAGAUACAUGACCUUGGUUUCUUGCUGUCUUGGAAACAUAGUAAUAACCCUAGCACACUGGAAGUAAUACUUUUUAUUAAAGUUCCCUACCCCAUCUGCAGUUAUGGCCACGUUAUGUGCUAUGCCACAGUAAUAACUGAAACACAUCGACAUGAACUUUGCUGGAAAUAGCUCUAGCACAGCUUUGAAAGCCAUUUUUUCAGGUGAAUGAAGUAAAGAGAAACUUUUCAUCUCCAGGAACAUAUGAGCCUUUCUAGUGCACUUCGAAGCUUGGCCAACUGGAAGCAGGAGCUGUAGCAAACUGCUGUGGAGUCUGCUUGGAAGCUGACUCCAGCACAGGAAUUGAAAGAAAUGAAUUUGGCAUCUAAAAGGAGGUUUUGUGGAGUCAACGCUUUCCAAGCAGAGGACAGAGAGAGAUUUGGCAAGAGCACCCCGGUGAGAACUGCUUCCAGGUCUGGGUAGAGGUGAACCUGAGCGGAGCCCAGACGCCGUUAAAGCCCCACUGACUGACAAAACUUUUAAAAUAUGACUGCAGGGAGGAUUUUAUCUCCACAAUGCUGCUAUGCUGGGAUGUGACAGGCUUCCUACCCAGGUCUGGAAGGUGGUUGAUGAUGUUAGGAGUAAAUGCAAACCCAGAUGAAGAGCGGCCUAAGCAAUGGAGGGACCAACCCCAGAGCCCGUGUACGUUGACGUGGACAAGGGACUGACAUUAGCAUGUUUUGUCUUCCUCUGCCUCUUCCUGAUUGUGAUGAUCAUUCGCUGUGCAAAAGUCAUCAUGGACCCUUACAGCGCCAUCCCGACGUCCACGUGGGAGGAGCAGCAUCUCGACGACUGACAGGGAUUCCCCAGACAGAGCCAUAGAAUGCUGAGGUCCUGGAGGCCUUUACCCACAGGGAAGGCUGGCACAUGAACAGCCAUUUCUAGAUAUGCAGGGCAAAGGCACUAUCUCCAAGAGCACAUAGGGUAAAUUAUUUUUGCUCAACAGGUCAAGAUAUCAGCAAGCCAUCGUGGCAGCAGAGUUUACUACUAUGCAGCAACUCUUAUUUUACAGUUGUCAUUGUAACUCAAGUAGCACAAGAUUCUCCAGACUUUUCCUAACAUAACUCUUGAUCUAGCAUAGUUUGUCCCACCCUCAAUGUCACCCACAAACCCAGGGUAACCAUCAAUACCAUGAAAAAGCAACAAGGGUAUUCUGCCUUUCCUGGAAACAGAUUCCCUCAGAUAUCAAUUGCUUUCUCAGUCAUUAUAGUUGCACUUUAGGAAAGGCCCAGAUUUUAUAUACCAGAGCAUCACUAAGUAGAAGUGCUGAAGUACCUCUGGUUAAGUAGAAUUACACGAGCAGAUUUAUUCUUGGCUCACUUGGUUCUGCGCAUGCACUCCCUGGCCACUGCAGCCAUAUUUCCAGUGACCAGGACACAGGAGCACUCCAACUGAGGGGGUCCUGGACUGCUGUUGACCCCAUAGCACCACCUUGCUCUACCCUACUCAUGCGAAACCCCUGCAUAUCCUCUGCCAUGGACCCUUGGAUUAGUCAGGCCACUGACUAUGAGUUUGGUAGGCACCAAAAGUCCCUGGAGCAGAGCCUGGACACUGCUGGUGUCAACUACAUAGAACCUGCUGUGAUUUUCAAAGAGUGCUUCCACAUGCAAUUUCACCCAUCUUUUGCUUCAGGUGUACUUCAGUGGGAUGAGACAGGACUAGAAUGACAAGGACAGUAAGCAGAGAGACUUUUGUCCCAGCUUUGUCACUCAGACUCCUCAGCAUAACAUUUACAGUAACACACAAUAAUAAGCAUUCUACCUCAGAGAAAUUCAGCUCCUUCAAAGGAAGAUUUUUCCCCACAGACUUGUAAGGUACAUUUCCUUCUCUCAAUUCAUUAAGACAGCCAUUAUGCAAGAAGGCAUAAGAGAACAUGGGAGCUCUGGAAAUUUAUUAUUUACUUUUGAAGAGUGGGGACUGUAGGAUUCCAAAGUCCUCUACUCCUCAAAUUCUAAGGUUUGCUCAUGGCUGCCUUUUCUUCAUGGCUACAUGUUCAGCUUACGGGACUGAAAGGAAGCAAUUCAGAGCAGGUACUGCAACGACAGCAAGCACCAUGAACCGACAAGACUUGAAAGCACAAAACUUCAAGAAGGGCAUUUCUGCAUUUCUCCUCCUCACCAUCCUACCUGACCCCCAGGUUCUUGCCAUAAGACAACGCACAGUGGGUGAGAAAGGUGGAAGCAAAGGCUGUGACAAGGAAUUGGGACACAGACUUUGUGAAGCACUGUUCUAGCUCCGACACAUUUUUUUGAUAAUCUCACAAGUCAAUUCUUUACGUGCCUCAGUCUACUCAUCAGAGAAAUGGGUGCAACAACAUGAUCUUGUCACACCUCCUUUUGUCUAUCUAAUAAUACCAGAAAGCACCUGGAGAGCCUUAGAUAGGGACACAGAAAUGAGGUUCUUACUUACAACCCUUCCUGCUGAAACCAAGAGGGAAGUUCUGGAUCUCGUUAUACUGCAGGGGAAGUUCUCCCCAGGCAGAGGACUUGUCCAGACCCCCGUUUACUCUCUCAUUGCAGCAUUUUGAGCCAAGCCAAACGGCACCUGGCUUUUUUACACAGCUCACUGAUUUCUGAGGAUGCAAGGUGCUCAACAUUGCAAAUACAGAGAUCCCAAAAUAGCAGGCUAUGAGGCAUAUGGAAAUUUUGCAUGGGUCUUUUGAACCACACAAUUUUUGCUGAUCUCUGUUGUAGGAGAUCCCAUUCAUGAGGCAGGAACUUCGAAGAGUAGCUUUCACCCUGAUAGCCUCCACUGCUUCCAUUACCCACUGCAGAGUGCUCCUCAGGCUGUUAUUUAGCCUCAGCUUCUGCUAGCCAGGUAAUCACCAGUAACAGCACACUUUUUCAGGCUUGAAUGUUAAAUAUUCAUCAUCCUUGGAGCAAACCCACUGUUCUUGUAUUCGUGGCUGAGGCUACCUGUACCACAGGAAUGGGUGUCCUAGCUCAAAGAAUGACACUUCUGUUCCCUGGGCUAAAGUUUGGAACCUGGUUUUUGUCGUUAAAUCUCGUAUCCCACUUGUGGGGCUACUUACAAAUUCAGCAAAAUAACAAAAUAAUGUCCAGGCUAGAGACACUUUCAGUUUUCAGGUCACCUGGCUGCGUUCACAGCUGAUGCAGAGCAAGGACAGAGCUUGUCCUCACACCUCCCAGUGCCAAUACUUCACUUGGCGUUUAUCUGCAUGCAGGACUCUUUGGCACUGUCACAUGUCACUGAUAAGCCCCAGUUCAGCUAAGGACUUAUUCAGGUGCUUAAGUUUAAGCCUCUGAGCAGGCUGCCUGACUACAGAGACCAGGGUCAGUCCCGUGCCAUGGCCCUGGCAGGGCAGGGACAGCAACACACAGUCCUUGCAGGAGCAGAGCCUGUGUGAGAAUGAAGGGUUACAAAUGCUAAGGAAGCAAAUUGAUAAAUUUGCUUUGCAAGAAUGUUUGCCACUUUUUCUCUCUUUGGCCAUUGAAUGAACAAACCAUUUUAUGGAUUUUCCUGAAAAUCCUAAUGAAAAGGCCCCUCUGGGUAGCUCUAUUUUCUAAUAAAAAGGCACUUGUCCUCCUGGCAUAGCCUGUCAAGUCCAUCCUUCUGUUGACAAGAAAGGUCUUCAUAAAACUUUGAAUAUUCACUUACAUGACCUCAUGAAAGUCAACGAGAUUGGUUUUUUAGAGAUAAUGUCAAUCUAUUGAUCUCUUCACUCUUGUGACCAUUGACAGGACUCAAGCCUGUCUGAGUUCAAGGAGCCUUUGGACAACACUCUCAGGCACAUGGUGGCAUUCUUGGGGUGUCCUGUGCCGAGCCAGGAGUUGAACUCCUUGAUCCUGAUGGAUCCCUUCCAACUCAGCAUAUUCUAUGAUUCCUUCUAAUUUCUGCCUUUCCCCACUGGUUACAAUCACACAACCUCACUACUCUUUAACCAAAAGCAAUACUGAGCAUCAUGCCUAAGCCAGACAUUUUAUGCUCCUUCCCCUGGGAGCCAGGGCUCUCCCACCCAAGGUGCAUCGCUGCAGCUCCGGCUGGUGCCGACGCUGCCAGCAAAUCCGUGCUCACAGCCAGGGAAUGUCUCUUUCAGCAGGAGCUGCAUCACCAGGCUCGGUAGUAAUUUCAGCUGCAUGCAACAAGUGCCUCUGCUAGUUUUGGUUCUUUUUUAAUCAUUGUGCCAUACUACCAGCAACUGCGCUCAGAGGAUAGAACUCAAACUUGUUGCAAGUGUAUUUAUCUAACAUAAUAAACAGCUUCAACAUGGAAAAGCUC